CAGAUUUUGAGCAUGACAUGCGAUAACGCCUCCAACAACAAUGUCAUGGUUGAGAACCUUGCAGCUGAGGUACCAGCAUUUGGGGGGGCCGCAAGCCAUACACGGUGUUUUCUUCAUAUGGUAAACCUCGUAGCAAAAUCACUCAUUCGCGAGUUUGAU